GUCGAGGCUAUUGGCGCACAGAGUGCUUGAGCCGAAGGAUCGAAGUGAUUGUUCACUUUAAAGAAGAAAGACAAACCAUACGAGAGUCCAUCUCGGGAUGCGGUGAUGGCGCUUCUCUACAGAUUCGCUCAGCUGCCCGACCGCAGCGGCACGCGAGUCUUCUCGUUCGUCGUCACCAGGAGCGUCGUACGCGACCCGGAACGCGACGUCACUAGCAAGGAGCUCGUCUGCGGAUUCCAGAAAUGGGCUGUCGCAUUCUCAAGGGGCGACAAGGUAUUGGGGGUCUACCUGGUCUGGCGGGGCGCGGCACCGGGUCUACGAGUUUACGUCGACUUCACCUUCACGCUCCUCAAUCGCGAGCACUUCUCCGUGAACGAGGGAUUCAGCGGCAAACGCGUGAAAUUCACGUACGAGGCGCCGGCCCAGGGAAAUCGCAACUAUAUAUCCGUCUCCGACCUCUACAGUAGAAACUUCGCCGACCCCAAUGGCGAAUUCCAGCUCGAGCUCUCGAUGACCAACGUCCGGACCGUAUUUACCAGCGAGGUUCGUCUACCCUCGAGUGUGUUCACGGCUGGCCAACCGAAGCCGAGCAAAUUGGAGACGAGCUACUUCACGUUCGGCGGCUUCGACUGGAACCUCGUGGUCUACCCGACGGGCAACAAGGAGACCGAGGGCCGCUCCCAGGAUGGCCGGAUGAGCGUGUACCUGGUGCGGCUGACGGGCUUCGACCAUCGAUGCCGCGUCCGUUACAUCGUGAGUCUGGGUGAGGGUGAUCGUAGAGUGGAGUCGGGGCCAAUCGAGGACCUCUCCGACGCCGACGGCCGCGGCUUCGGCUGGCAGCCCCGUGUGCGCUGGUCCGAUGUCGCGCACAAGGGCGUCCUUAGGGUCUCUCUCGAGAUGCUCGAGGCCCGCACGAUAUCCGAGGUCUCGGUCCAGGCGCUCGGUCCCGGCGUCUUACCCGCGACUCCCUGCUACGACAGGGACAAGCAGGCCUGGGCCAUCAGGGCCGACCUACACUCCGACACCGUCAGGUUACAUCUCAUUUACAAGGAUAUACACAACGUGCCGAGAAACCACCUCAGGUACGUAAGCUGGACGGCAUAUUUGAUCCGUGGCGAGGAGCCUGACUCGGAGAUCGUGAGCCUUCCGGGGGCCCCGUUCAGCCGCUAUUACGCCCAGGAACCGGCGGACGAGGGCAUCAUAAUGGAGACGUCGAUCGGCGUGAACGAGGUGAAGGACGAGAGCUGCCCGUUCGUGACGGAGAAGGGCCAAAUCCGAGUACGCCUCGAGUGGAACGAGUCCCACCUCCUCUUCCAAGCGACCUACCACAAGUACGACGACGUCUGUCGCAUUCACAACCAGCAGAUGCGACGCGAGAUCGCGGCCCUACAAGCCGAGAAUUAUAGUCUUGAGCGGCAGUUGUUCAGCUAUCAGAAGAGCCUCGCCUACGCUCAGGCGCAGCAGCAACAAACGUCACAGCCGCCGCACCAGCAGCAAAAUCAACAACCGAGUCACCGCGAAAUUGGCCUCGAGAGAUCCGUAUCGACGGACACGGAGUACGCCUGACGAGUGGAUCGUCUCAUCGGACGUGCCCCGGGUCGCCGGCAACUACCCUGCAGUCCCCAGCAGGUGUCGAGCAUGCUGAUGGCUCAGAGCGAUCCUCUCGUUCACGAGCACCUUGUCAACAUGAUGGACCGCAGGCUGAGUAACGUCCAGCAGCAUCUUAUGCGCUCCUCGCGAUCCAAUUCGACCCAUAGCCGCGCAAGCUCACUAGGACUGGUCGAGGAUAUCGGGUGCCCUACCAGCAUCGUCCGGCAGCCGCUGAGUCAACUGCAUAAUCAUCAUCAUCGCCAUCCUAAUAGCCAUCAUCAACUGCAGCAGCAGAAGCAGCAGA